AAAAUAACCACAACUGCCGUUGUCACAUCGGUUUUUAUUUUUUGCAAACGAUUAUUGGGCUUAAAAUUUUUUUACGCAGAAGAAAAUCCUCGUCCAUUGCAUCUGGGAACCAAGCAUUAAAAUGUCUGUUCCAACAGGAAUCAUAUCUCAUACUCGUCAAGUAUGCAGCUUGUAUAAGCGUUCUGUGAGAAAUCUUGAAGCAUGGUACGAUCGCAGACACAUUUUUCGCUACCGAGCUGUUCUCCUUCGGGAUAGGUUCGACAAGAACAAGAACAUAACUGAUAUGGCCGAGGCAACAAGAAUUCUCGAGGCCGGGGAGAAGGAACUCUUCGAAACCCAACAUUUUCAACCAAAAAAAUUUGCGGGAAGUCCCGGAGGCUGUGCUUUUGAACGUGAGGUCAUUCCACCUGAUUGGGUCUUAGAUUACUGGCAUCCAUUGGAAAAGGCUCAGUAUCCUGAAUACUUUGCACGACGUGAAGAACGCAAAAAGCAAUACUUAGCUAUGUGGGAAAAACAGUAUGGCAAACCAAGCAAGGAAGACUUAGGUCAUCAUUAGAUGUUCUUGUUUUUGAAUGUAAAUUUAAAAAAAAUAAUAAACUGACAAAUCUUGGA